GCGGGGCGGCGGGGGGAGGGGCGGGGCCGUAUCCGUGCGCCGCGCACGCACCGUCCCGGUCCCGGUCCCGGUCGCCGUCGCGGCCCGGCCCGGCGCCGCCAUGAAGUUCCUGUACAAGGAGGAGCACCCCUUCGAGAAGCGCCGCUGCGAGGGCGAGAAGAUCCGCAAGAAAUACCCGGACCGUGUCCCGGUCAUCGUGGAAAAGGCCCCCAAGGCGCGGAUAGGGGACCUGGACAAGAAGAAAUACCUGGUGCCCUCAGACCUGACAGUCGGGCAGUUUUACUUCCUCAUCCGGAAGCGCAUCCACUUGCGGGCUGAGGACGCGCUCUUCUUCUUCGUCAACAACGUCAUCCCCCCCACCAGCGCCACCAUGGGGCAGCUCUACCAGGAGCACCACGAAGAGGAUUUUUUCCUAUACAUCGCCUACAGCGACGAGAGCGUGUAUGGGGCGUGAGCCAGCCCCGGCCCCGCGCCCGCCCGGCCCCCCUCGCGUACCCCUGUAUCCCCCGGCCCUGCGGGCCCUGGGCUUAAUAAACACGACGGAACUGCC